UACAAAUAUCUUAUGCGCAAGUUCAACACCCAGCCCCAGCACAACAGUUUACAGUUAUGACAUCAUAACAAUUGUAUACAUCCACCUGUGUGUCUUAUAUACAUUUUUUUCUUAUGAAAUUCGCCCAAAAACACACAAAACUUUAUUUACCAGACGACUAAAAGAACUAAAAUCGUCCCAAAUGUACUGAAAUGUCGUCGGUUUUUGAUGAAAGAGACGCUUACAAACAUAAUCCAUAUUUUAAAAAAGCGGAAUUUGGGGACUUUACCCCUUUUUACAUCACUGUUACAAUCUGCACGAUUAUUGGAGUCUCUAUCUUUAUUCUCAACAUUGUUUUGGGUUGUUGUUCACGCUAUUCGGGCUAUUGGAACGACAGACACACAGGCAACCGUUGGAUCGCCUCUCUUUGGACUGCAACCCCUCACCAACAACCUCCUCUAGACCUAACUGAAUUACAAGUAAUCGACACACCUACACAAGUCGUUUACGUACCAACGCCAGCACCUGAAGCUGAAAAAGUCGAAUAUCACGAAUUACAAAAACGCGAAAGCGACAUUUAAACAUGUUUCACGUUUAUUGGCCUGCUACAGCUUGUUUAACCCUCUUCCUCAUUGUGGGGGUUAUCAUGGUUAUGCUGAGGUAUGGCCCCAAAUUAUGCAAAACAAGACACGUUGCCUUCGCUGACGACAACGAAUGGCAACAAAAAGCCUUUGAACAACAAGUGUCCUACGCAUAAAAAUAUUUUAUUUUUUUAUUUUAUCAGCAUAGUAUACGUUCCAGAUUGCUGUGUUAAAACGACCAGUUGCUAGGUAACAACUAACAAUGGUUUCUUGGCAACUGAACGUUUAAACGGUACACACUUUACAGCUUUUUUUAAGUAUUAUUACUAACUAAAUUGCUUUUUGUAGUUAGUGGUAAGUAAAAAUGGCUAUUAAAUAAGUGCCUAUAUUUUAAGCCUGACAAGAAUGCACUGAACUCGUAAAUAAUCCGUCCAUGUUUUUAUAUCUUUUUCUAUUGUAAUGAAAAUAAAAUUCUUUAAAGGUUGA